AAUAGGAGUUUUAAAAUUCAAUUUCAUUAAAUAAAACCUGUAGCCUAAAUUAAUGUCCCACAAAGCAUUAGCCCAAAACAGAGUCUCAACUCACAAGCCAAGAUUCUAGGCACAAGACUCGCUUGAGGACAAAAAUAUAACAGAGAAAAUUCGCCCUCCAAAAUUAGGACCAUUUUCAUUAUUAUAUUUUACUUAAUAUAUUACAUAUUAUAACAAAUUUUAAUAUGUAUGUAAUCUCACUUGUCUGUUGUUAACCACAUUUUAUAACAUAGAACAUCACUAUUUAAACCCUAAUCAGUAUUCAGUAAUCACACUCUCACUCAUAUAUUAAUACACUCAUUAUUACUUGCUUUUCUUAUUUAAAGACAUUAUUACUUAUAAGACAUGUAAAUGAUAUAUAUUCAUCCUAUUUAUACACCCAACAAGAUCACAUCCUCUUCUCCUCAAAUCUCUCUUUCCCUCUAAAUCCACCAUGUAUAACUGUAAUGGAUCAACAAGACCAAAACUCUUGUAUAUCACCAUUCCCAUUUCAGCUAUCUUACUCUUAAUAACCCUCAUAUUUUCCCCAAAAACAAAUAAACUUAACCCACAUAAUCUCCAUUUCCACAAACACUACCAAAUAGCUAACUCAGCAUGCCAAGGAUCUCUCUACCCAAAACUGUGCGUUUCGACAGUAGCUUCCUUCCCAGAUCUCAUCUCAAAAUCACUCCCUCAGAUAAUUUCACUCACAGUAAACCACACCAUGAGCGAGGUCCGAGCCUCUUCCGCCAACUGCACCUUCAUCGAGAGGAGGUUCAUGAGAGGAACCACCACGAUUCAGAAACGAGCCCUCGACGACUGUGUCGAGCUAUUAGACGACACCGUUUCGGAGCUCGAAGCAGCACUGUCUGACCUUACCUCGAAAAAAUCAGCCUCGAGUCACUACAAUGACCUGCAAACCUUACUGAGCGGUGCAUUGACGAACCAAGGCACGUGUCUCGAUGGGCUUAACAUUACCAAACAGCCAAACAGCGUUCUUAAGAACUAUGUUCAGAACAGGAUUGUCACUAUCUCAAACCAUGUGAGUAACAUUUUGGCUAUGCUGAAAAAGAUUCCCGCGGGAAAACAUGGUCAUUUUACUACGACGUCGUCUGAUCAGGAGGAUGAGAUUUUUCCGGAAUAUGGUCACGUGAUAAAUGGGUUCCCCACGUGGGUUUCUUCGCAGGAUCAGACACUGUUAGUGGCUCCAGUUAACGAGAGUAAAAUUGACCUCAUCGUUGCUAAAGACGGCACCGGAAAUUUCACUACUGUUGCCGAGGCGGUGGCGGUGGCACCCAAUUCCAGCGACACCAGGUUUGUGAUAUACAUAAAAGCAGGGGCGUAUUUAGAGAAUGUAGAAGUGGUGAAGAAGAAGACCAAUUUGAUGUUUUUGGGAGACGGAAUAGGGAAGACAGUGAUUAAAGGCAGUAGAAAUCAUGUCGAUGGCUGGACUACUUUCCGAUCGGCCACCGUAGCUGUGGUGGGAAGUGGAUUCAUUGCCAAAGGCAUAACCUUCGAAAACUCAGCCGGACCAAGCAAACACCAAGCCGUAGCCCUAAGGAGUGGCUCUGACCUCUCAGCCUUCUACCUUUGCAGCUUCGUGGGCUACCAAGACACACUCUACGCUCACUCCCUCCGCCAAUUCUACCGCGAAUGCGAUAUUUACGGGACCGUAGACUUCGUCUUCGGCAACGCCGCUGUGGUCUUCCAAAACUGCAACCUUUACGCGCGCAAGCCAAACGAGAACCAACGCAACAUGUUCACCGCCCAAGGCCGUGAAGACCCAAACCAAAACACGGGGAUUUCAAUCCUUAAUUGUAAACUAGCUGCGGCUGCAGACCUGGUGCCCGUCCGAUCGAAUUUCAAAACGUAUCUGGGCCGUCCGUGGAAGGAGUAUUCAAGGACUGUUAUAAUGAAAUCGUAUAUUGAUGAGUCUGUGGAGCCCGCUGGUUGGUUGGAGUGGAAUGGCACGUUUGCGUUGAGUACGUUGUAUUAUGGAGAGUAUAUGAAUCGUGGGCCCGGUUCGAACACGUCAGCAAGGGUGACGUGGCCGGGUUAUCGGGUCAUUAAUAGUUCGGUUGAGGCUAGUAAGUUCACUGUUGGUGCUUUUAUACAAGGACUUGAGUGGCUCAACUUUACUAAAGUCCCUUACUUUUCAACAUUGGGUUGAUAAUCAUAUCAAGAAUUAUAGCACCUAUAGCUACUACUAUUCUAUUAUUGUUAUUAUUAUUAUUAUUAUGAUUGAUUUUUACCUUAGAAAUUAUAUUAUUUGGUUAGCCAAAUAUUAAUCUCUUAAUUGCUUUGUAAAUCCUAGCAAAGCAUUUACAAAAGCAAAGUUGGGAAUGAUCCAAUAUAUAUAGGUAUGAAAUUAAAGCAUUAUAUUUAUGAUGAAGUUGAAUGAGUAAAUAAAUUGUGCUUUUUAUAGUA